AUGGUCGACACUACUGUAUCGCCUCAAAACCCUCGGGCCAGAAAUGUUCUGAUGAAACUCGAGGAUGAUAGCAGCCUUAAGGAAAUUGAGGACCAAGACUCGCAGAAUCCUAGCACCCCGAUAACCAGGACUGAUAUGGCAGUGGCUCCUGUAUACAAGGCCAUUGUCGUCCUGGGAUUCAUUGGAAUUCUUACUUGGCUGUGCAUCACUCGUCGAAAGAGAGCCCCAAACACCCAUCCAGCUCUUGUGGGCUAG